AUGGAUACCGGCAAGGGACAGGGAGAUGUUGGGGAUAAAGGAAAUGGUGGUGAGGCAGGAUCAAGAAGUCAUUCAGGAAGUGUGGGUGAUGCCGGAUCCAGAAGCCACUCAGGGAGUUUGGGAGACGAAGAUGAAGACAGCGGUGACAACGAUUCUGUGGUCACAGUCAGACCUAAGGACAUCGAGAAGCAUGCCACCUUGGUGGAUGUAUGCAAGAGCAUUAAGGCAUUCAUUGGACUGUCUGGUGUCUACAGCAUCAGUGAUCACUUCCAGCAUGAAGCCAUGCGUGGCAUUGAGGAUGUCUCAUGCAUGUGUCGGGCUCAUUACGGUGAAGACCACUUUGCAAGAUUUUCUCCGAAGGAAAUUAUUCGAAGUUUUGGGAGAUGUUUGAGCUUGCCAAUGAUGGUGCUAGUUCACGGAAUGAACGACUAUAUAUCGCCCAUGACAUCCACCCUGACAUUUGCAGAGGCACUCGCAGAAAUCUCUGCUAAUGUCAAGGUGAAGAUCAUCCCAGAGUGCGAUCACUACGAGAUUUGCCUGGACCUUAUGGAGAAACAUCGCAAGUUUUACGCCCACAUUAUGAAUAUUAUCAUGGAGACAGUUAGUGCUGUAUCCUGA